GUGAUUGUGUAACAGGAAUUAACAGAAUUACUCAAUGGUGACCUGCGUAAAUGUGUUAAGGUGUGGAUAGUUUUGGGACUUUAAAAGCUAGUAAUUCAUGUAGCAUCGUAACAAAAGUGUAAAGGAGAAUGAGCAAGCCAACAACACCAUCUACUUAUGUCAGGUGUUUAAAACCUGGCAUGUUUCGGAAACUGGCUGAUUUCUUGGACCCUCAGGAUGCCUGGAAGAAAAUUGCAGUGGAUAUUAAAAAAGCAACAGGAGAACCUCGAUAUAACCAAUUUCACAUCCGGAGGUUUGAAGGAUUGCUAGCAAUGGGAAAAAGUCCUACAAUUGAACUUCUUCAUGACUGGGGAACAACAAAUUGUACAGUCAGCGAGCUUGUUGAUAUUUUAUUAAAUAACCACUUUAUUGCACCAGCUAACCUUUUAAUUCCAGAUUCUAUUGAAGAGGACCAAGUUGUUAGGCCAAAUCCUUCUUUUUGUCCUCAAGAGUCAACUGCUGUUGUUGAGCCAGAAAGACAACCUCCAUCUCCAGACAGCACAAGUCCAGCAAUCUCAGAUGAUGGUACUACAGGAUUUUACAACUUUUCCUUUAGUGAACUAAUGAGAUUCACCAAUAACUUUAAUGAGAAGUCCAUUUCAGAAGGAGGAAAUAAACUUGGAGAAGGUGGAUUUGGAGUAGUAUUCCAGGGAUGUUUCAAUAACAAAAUGAUAGCAGUUAAAAAGCUUUCAGCAAUGCCUGAGUAUUCUCUCCAAGAGUUGAAACAACAGUUUAAUCAAGAAAUUAAAACAAUGAUGAUGUGCAGGCAUGAAAACCUUGUGGAGAUGAUUGGGUUUUCUGAUAAAGGAGAACAUCUUUGUGUAGUAUGCACCUACAUGUCAAAUGGUUCUUUGCUUGACAGACUUGCUUGCCUGAAUAGUACCAGUCCUCUGUGUUGGAGUAGAAGAUGCUCCAUUGCCCUGGGAAGUGCCUGUGGUAUUGAAUAUUUACACACCAAUAAACACAUCCACAGAGACAUAAAAAGUGCAAAUAUCUUGCUGGACUCUUUGCUAAUACCAAAGAUUUCAGACUUUGGCCUCACACGGGCAGCAGCAAAGCUGACUUCAACUGUUUUUACUGAAAAAGUUGUUGGCAGCACUGCUUACAUGGCUCCAGAAGCUUUGAGAGGGGAAAUUACAGCGAAGUCAGAUUUGUUCAGCUUUGGAGUAGUUUUACUAGAAAUCAUCUCUGGACUUCCACCUGUUGAUGAAAAUCGUGAGCCACAGUUGCUGCUCGACUUCAAAGUUGAAAUUGAAGAUGAAGAGAUGACAUUGGAGGAGUGUGUCGACAAGAAAAUGGAAGGGUGGAAUAUAGAAUCAGUGGAGAAAAUGUAUUUAAUUGCCAGUCAGUGCCUUCACGAUAAUAAAAACAGACGACCUGACAUUAAAAAGAUUAAAGAUGUGCUUGAAGAGCUUAAUGACACUUGUUAACAGAAAAAGACAGUCACCAGUCAUGGUAUUCUUUGUAAUAAUGUUUUUUAUUUAACUUUUUAGGCAUUCCUUCUUUUUUAUAUUUUUUGGCAACAUAAUUUGGAAAGGGAUGCAUAAUAUACUGUAAAAUGAUGAAGGACUACUAUCAAGGAGUGCCUUAAAUGUGUAGUCAAUUUGUGGUGAUAGUUUGUACUUAGACUUUAUACUUCAUUACACACAAAAAAGGGAUUGUAUUAUUGUUUAUACUUUACAUAAUGCACAAUAAAUAAAUAAUAUAAUUAAGUGAUUAAUAAGUUUCCGGAGGUUAUGACAACAUCCAACCAUUGGUCAGUACAUUUAGAGCUAAUCUACGAUAACCGCAAACAAUUUUAUUUAGCUUCAGCACUAAACUUAUGAUUCACCAUUGGCGAGCAUUUUAAAUCUGUGUAAACUACAAUUAAUCUACCUUUACACAUUUUUCCACCUAUGGGCUUCUAUCAUCCUUAAAUACCAUUUUCAUAUUUUUCAGCUACUACAGUAUUCUCACUGUUUUCCAUUUUGUGUUGCAUUAUUUACACUGUCUCGGUUUAUUCUUAGCACUAUUUAGAUGACUUUUGAAACAAAAUAUUUUGACUUAAUUGCAUUGCAACUCUUGGUGGAGAUGGUGCAAUAAAAUUAUCAAUUUUGGGCAAUAUAUAUUAAAGCUGCUCUUUGAAUAACUUUUAUUUCCGGCCCACAGUUGUGAACAAUAUAUAUGCUUGGUUUAAUACAGCAGCAGAAUUUGUCAAAAUAUUUCAAGUAAAAUUGGUGCCCUUAAGCUUCACUUAAUUUCAGCAGCUCUCGUCUGUACUUUUCUCAUGUUUGCUUAAAGGCUUUGUCAAACUAUAGCUGGUAAAGGGACAAAACAGAAGUGGAGUGUUCUGAUUAUAGCACUUCUGGUUUAAUUUCUUCCAAAUUUUAUUUUUAACUCUAAAGUGCUAAUGUUUAUUUUUGCAAAUAAAUAUAUAACUAUUUAAUAACCUGUAAUUCAAUUUAAUUUAUAGCAGAUGGUUUUGAUUAAGAGUUUUGAUAUUGUUAAGGUAAAUUCCACUUUAUCAGCCAUUUAGAUAUUAAAAAAACACUCAAGAAUCUAUCCAUAUCAUUUUCUAAUCCCACUUAAUCACAUAUCAUAAUUACAUACUGUAUUAUAGUAUAUAUUCUUCAUUUUUCCAUUGCCUUGUGAAAGUGUUCACAGUGUUAAAAAAAUAUUUACCUAAUUCCAAAUGAAUUAAGUUUGUUUCACUGUUCUGCACAACAUGAUCUAAAAAUACAAUGUCAACAAUUACUUAUUCAUCCAUUAGUUUUCUGGCUCCAUUUAAUCAGUGAGUGAUAUGUGGAACCAGAUCCUAUUCAAAUAAUACUGGGCACAAAAAGAAGAACCAGUACCAUACUUUACUGUGUACAGCACUUUAUUAAUUCACAGGGCACCCUUAGUCUGUGAUACAUCUUUCCUAGACUCUGUUGUAGAAAAGUGAGCAUUUCUUAUUUGUGCAUAGAAAUGUCCUCAGUUUAGGAUUUGAAAUUACUGUUUACCUAUUUUUUAAACUACUUUUUCACCUGAGCUGUUAAACCUGAUUGUUUCAUUGAUCUGGCCACUGUCCUUUACUUUCCAUUUCAAGAUAACCUAUUAGUUGGGAGGAUGGCCAGUCUCAUACUCACAAACAUAUUUCAUCUCGAAGUACAGUCAUCCUGGAGUAUGCAGCAGGGGGUGAAGCACAAGUCAGCAGUAAAAAUUUCUGCUCAUACAAAGAUGACUCUGAGUCAUAAGUUAGCCAAGCAAGCAUUGUGGGAUCUGACAGGAAGUUCUCUGAGAAGACUCAAGGAAAUGUGAAUGUGCAAACUUCACACAGAUAGUUACUAGGAAGGAAGUUUAACACAUUUUGUUAAUGGACUUUUGUGUAGAUGUGAGGGAACAAUAAAUCUAUAAAAAUAAAGUAAAAAUCUGAUUGUGUUAUUCUUUUGUUAUUAGAGUCCAUUUCAUAUAGAUGUCCUUUUUGAACUUAAGUUUUUUUGAAUGGUGUAGUUUUUUUCUCUUUGGCAAAAUAUCUGAUGCUUUUUAAAAUGGGCUUGGGGGUUAUGUGUGGACUGCAGUUCUGCUACAGAUUUUUCCAUUGGAUUUAUGCCUGGGCCUGCAUUGGCUGUUCUAGUAUAUUCAUUUUCAUUUACAUUUUUAAAGUGAAUUCAUCCAAUAGACUAACUUCAAUAAAUGAACGAAUUGAUGGAAUUUAUGAUUAGGGAGAUAUGACUGAAGGAAUUGUUUAAAAGCAGGAGGGAGAGAGCAAGUUAUUCUGUGUCAAUUUAAAUUAGAACAUUGUGGGCUGAAUAAAUAUCUGUAUAGAACUGGAAAGGAAUAAAGUAGCUAUUGAGUCCCAUCUUGGUUUGUACAAGUGCAAACCAUAAGCUUUGUGUAUGCACUCUAUUAGCAGUACUUGAUGUUUAAAAGAAGCAGAUUGAGGCACCAUUUAGAACUUGAUACAUUCAUCCCAGUACAUACACGGUAUACUGAAAUGCACACACUGUAUUCUGAAAAACACAAGACAGUACAGUAAAACACACACACCAUAUACUCAGAUUUUGUCACAUGAAUUGCACGUUCAUACAUUAAAUGUAAUCCUUUUUUAAUUUAAUGCAAUACACUUUUGAUUAGCAUAAAACUACUUACUUUGCCAGAUAUUUUCAAUUUAAGAACUGAAAACUUGACGAGGUUGUGAAUUAGGGCUCAGGCAAUGGUCAAUUAUACCAUCCAGUGAUUGGCUGAACACAUAAAUAAAAAUUGACAAUUGGCUCUGAACAGUUUUUAUAAAUUUCCUCAAAGCCACAAACUUAAGCAGCUGAUUUGUUUUGUUUUUUUCUUAAAUCUCACACGCCUCACCAGAAAGCUUUCAAGCAGUAUGAAUCACAGUAGAUGUGUGCGAGAUUCAUUGUUGUGCAUCACAACCCUUUUUCCCCCAGAUCUGAUGGUGGGGAAGAGUAGCUAAAGACUAUUAAAGCGAUAGGGAAUUGCUCUACUUAUCUCACAUCUGGUCUGAGAGGUCACUUUGAACUGCUAGUUUGUGGCACAGCUUAGCAAGUAAAGGUGGCUUUUCUCUUUCUUGAUGAUGAGUCAUUUUCUUUAUAGGAGGAUGUUACAGGGCUCAGAACAUACACUUUGAAACCAGGAGGCCUUGGACCUGGUCUAAUUUUAACCUAAUAUUAGAGAUGAGCCAACACCAACAAUUUUGAGUGAAACUGAAUUUGCUUCCUUUUAUAAAAAUAAUAGCAAAAAUAUGCCAUUCAGCAACCAGUUAAAUUUAUACCACUGAGACAAGAAUUGUGUUUAAUAUAUAUAUAUAUAUAUAUAUAUAUAUAUAUAUAUAUAUAUAUAUAUAUAUAUAUAUAUAUAAGCCUUUAACAGACAAGUGGACUGCACUUCUCCUCAAGCAGCAGGAGUGCCCUGUGGCUAAGAAGAAGCAGUCUAAUCAGCACACCACACACUAAGUUUGAAUGGAAAGAGUACAGGCAUAUUUAUGGCGCCGUGUUUUUAUUGAUCUUUUAGGUAGUACACUAUCCUUAAACUGACCUGCUGAAUGAUUUUGCUUUAAAGCUGGUCAUUUGCAUUAUGAAAUAACUGCUUGCACUGUAGGUCACUAUUCCCUAGGCUAAUGCAACUUGACAGUGACAUUAUAAUUUUUUAUAGCGUUUGCACACAUGAUAUGGAAAGGCAAAAUAUGUGCUAACAAGGCACAAUGAAACAGAACGAAGUAUGACAUUUUUCCUGUAAUGCACCUCAAGUAUUCUGCAGUACAUGAAUAUAUUUGCAAUCUAUAGCCAUCUCUCCAUCGCCCAACCUGACCCACCAACCGGUGAUGAUAAUGUACAUUGUGUAAUCCUAUUGUUAAUUUGUGCAUGCUGUGCUAGAUGUUUUAUCACAGAGGUAUUUUAGCUCCUAGUGUAUGUUCUGUUAAGAAUGGUUUAUGUCAAUAACAAUUUUUAAGCAUUUCCCUGAACUACUUAAUGCUGCCUUUGUG